AGUUACCCCUCCCUCCAUUGAUAAAGGGACUCUCCUUUCUCUUUCGAGACCUCGGCAGAGAGAAACAGAGCUCGACAAACGCGCUCGCUCUCGAUCGGAUUCAAGCUGUUUCAGGCCCUGGUCUUAUUAGCUGGUAUCGUGAUCCUCAGUUUAUUUCAAAAUCAUAAUGGCUUCACUUACUUUGCCAUCUCCUCCUUCCAGAACCUCGACUUUUUGGGGGUCUUCUUCUUCCUCUCCCUUUUCCCGCCGCCUCUCGAACGGGUUUUCUGUCUACAAGCCAACCUCUCAAUUCUCCGCUCCUUUUAGUCUCAAAUGUGAUCUGCCUGAACCAUUUAAUUUUGGAAAUGGGAAGCAAAGCAUUCAAAUCCUCAAUGAAAGGACACUGCCCAAAUUUUUGGAAUCGGCGCGAAUGGAAAAGACAGUAAAUAGAACUAGUACCAGGCUGAAGUUGUUUUCAGGCACAGCAAAUCCGGCACUUUCUCAGGAAAUUGCUUGGUACAUGGGCCUAGAGCUGGGAAAGAUUAAUAUAAAGCGAUUUGCCGAUGGCGAGAUUUAUGUUCAGCUGCAAGAGAGUGUUAGAGGAUGUGAUGUGUAUUUAGUGCAGCCUACCUGUCCUCCAGCAAACGAGAAUCUCAUGGAGCUCUUAAUUAUGAUAGAUGCUUGCCGUAGGGCCUCGGCCAAGAAUAUCACAGCAGUGAUUCCAUAUUUUGGAUAUGCCCGGGCUGACAGGAAGACUCAAGGGCGUGAAUCUAUUGCAGCCAAACUUGUUGCAAACCUUAUAACUGAGGCUGGUGCACAUCGUGUUCUUGCUUGUGAUCUUCAUUCUGGGCAGUCUGUUGGUUACUUCGAUAUUCCGGUGGACCAUGUGUACUGUCAGCCUGUGAUUCUUGAUUACCUUGCUAGCAAGACAAUUUCUUCUAGUGAUUUGGUAGUGGUUUCACCUGAUGUUGGUGGGGUUGCAAGAGCACGUGCUUUUGCAAAAAAAUUAUCUGAUGCGCCUUUAGCCAUUGUGGAUAAAAGGCGACACGGUCACAAUGUUGCUGAGGUAAUGAACCUUAUCGGUGAUGUAAAAGGAAAGGUUGCAGUUAUGGUGGAUGACAUGAUUGAUACUGCUGGUACUAUUGCAAAAGGAGCAGCUCUUUUACACCAAGAGGGGGCCAGGGAAGUCUAUGCAUGCUGUACCCACCCUGUAUUUAGCCCUCCAGCAAUUGAGAGGUUAUCAAGUGGUCUUUUUCAAGAGGUAAUCAUUACAAACACACUCCCAGUGGCAGAGAAGAACUACUUUCCCCAGUUGACUGUUCUUUCUGUGGCAAACUUGUUGGGUGAAACUAUAUGGCGUGUCCAUGAUGAUUGUUCCGUGAGUAGUAUCUUUCAGUGAAGUCAAGGACGAAAUUUCAACAGAGUUCCUCCUUUAAUCUGCAACACAGGUUCCUUUUGGUAGGGGUUAGAUGCAAGAUUCUAUAGAAUUUAUGUUUCAGUAGCGUAGGGUAUAGAGGAUUGUUCUCUCUUUUUCUUUUUCUCUUAACAUGGUCAUUUUGUUAUUACAUUAGUUCUUUUUAAUUAAUAAAUUCCUCAUCAUUUUUAUA